AUGGAGGUGUCACCACUGCAGCCUGUAAAUGAAAAUAUGCAAAUCAACAAAACAAAGAAAAAUGAAGAUGCUAAGAAAAGACUGUCUGUCGAAAGAAUCUAUCAAAAGAAAACACAAUUGGAACAUAUUUUGCUCCGCCCAGAUACCUACAUUGGCUCUGUGGAAUUAGUGACACAGCACAUGUGGGUUUACGAUGAAGAUAUCGGCAUUAAUUAUAGGGAAGUCACAUUUGUUCCUGGUUUAUACAAAAUCUUUGAUGAAAUUCUAGUCAAUGCUGCAGACAACAAGCAAAGGGAUCCGAAAAUGUCUUGUAUCAAAGUCACAAUUGACCCGGAAAACAAUUUAAUUAGCAUAUGGAAUAAUGGAAAAGGUAUUCCUGUUGUUGAGCACAAAGUUGAAAAGAUGUAUGUUCCAGCCCUCAUCUUUGGACAACUCCUAACUUCCAGUAACUAUGAUGAUGAUGAGAAGAAAGUAACAGGUGGUCGAAAUGGCUAUGGAGCCAAACUGUGUAAUAUAUUCAGUACCAAAUUCACUGUGGAAACAGCCAGUAAAGAAUACAAGAAAAAAUUCAAACAGACAUGGAUGAAUAACAUGGGGAAAGCUGGUGAGAUGGAACUCAAGCCCUUUAAUGGAGAAGAUUAUACAUGCAUCACCUUCCAGCCUGAUUUGUCGAAGUUUAAAAUGCAAAGCUUAGACAAAGAUAUUGUUGCACUGAUGGUUAGAAGAGCAUAUGAUAUUGCUGGAUCCACUAAAGAUGUCAAAGUCUUUCUCAAUGGAAAUACACUGCCAGUAAAAGGAUUCCGUAGCUAUGUGGACAUGUAUUUGAAGGAUAAGGUAGAUGAAACUGGCAACUCAUUGAAAGUUAUCUAUGAACAAGUAAACCACAGGUGGGAAGUGUGUUUAACAAUGAGUGAAAAGGGUUUUCAGCAAAUCAGCUUUGUCAACAGCAUUGCUACUUCCAAGGGUGGUAGACACGUUGAUUAUGUAGCUGACCAGAUAGUGACUAAACUUGUUGAGGUUGUGAAGAAGAAGAACAAAGGUGGUGUUGCUGUAAAAGCACAUCAGGUGAAAAAUCACAUGUGGAUUUUUGUGAAUGCCUUAAUUGAAAAUCCAACCUUUGACUCUCAGACAAAGGAAAACAUGACUUUACAGGUCAAGAGCUUUGGAUCAACAUGCCAAUUAAGUGAAAAAUUCAUCAAAGCUGCAAUUGGCUGUGGUAUUGUAGAAAGCAUACUAAACUGGGUGAAGUUUAAAGCCCAAGUCCAGUUGAACAAGAAGUGUUCAGCUGUAAAGCAUAACAGAAUCAAAGGGAUUCCCAAACUUGACGAUGCCAAUGAUGCAGGAGGCCGAAACUCCACUGAUUGUACACUUAUCCUGACUGAGGGAGACUCAGCUAAAACUUUGGCUGUUUCAGGCCUUGGUGUGGUUGGGAGAGACAAGUAUGGGGUUUUUCCUCUUAGAGGAAAAAUUCUCAAUGUUCGAGAAGCUUCUCAUAAACAGAUAAUGGAAAAUGCUGAAAUUAACAAUAUCAUUAAGAUUGUGGGUCUUCAGUACAAGAAAAACUAUGAAGAUGAAGAUUCACUGAAGACUCUUCGUUAUGGGAGGAUAAUGAUUAUGACAGAUCAGGACCAAGAUGGUUCCCAUAUAAAAGGCUUGCUGAUUAAUUUUAUUCAUCACAACUGGCCUUCUCUUCUAAGACAUCGUUUUCUGGAGGAAUUUAUCACCCCCAUUGUAAAGGUAUCUAAAAACAAGCAAGAAAUGGCAUUCUAUAGUCUUCCUGAAUUUGAAGAAUGGAAGAGUUCUACUCCAAAUCAUAAAAAAUGGAAAGUCAAAUACUACAAAGGUUUGGGCACCAGCACAUCAAAAGAAGCUAAAGAAUACUUUGCAGAUAUGAAAAGACAUCGGAUUCAAUUCAGAUAUUCUGGUCCUGAAGAUGAUGCUGCAAUUAGCCUGGCCUUUAGCAAAAAACAGAUAGAUGAUCGAAAAGAAUGGUUAACUCAUUUCAUGGAGGAUAGAAGACAACGAAAGUUGCUUGGCCUUCCAGAGGAUUACUUGUAUGGGCAGGCUACCACAUAUCUAACCUACAAUGACUUCAUAAACAAAGAACUUAUCCUGUUCUCAAAUUCUGAUAAUGAAAGAUCUAUCCCUUCUAUGGUUGAUGGUUUGAAACCAGGUCAAAGAAAGGUUUUGUUCACUUGUUUCAAACGGAAUGACAAGCGAGAGGUGAAGGUUGCCCAGUUAGCUGGGUCAGUGGCUGAGAUGUCCUCUUAUCAUCAUGGUGAGAUGUCACUAAUGAUGACCAUUAUCAAUUUGGCUCAGAAUUUUGUGGGCAGCAAUAAUCUGAACCUCUUGCAGCCUAUUGGUCAGUUCGGUACAAGGCUGCACGGAGGCAAGGAUUCUGCUAGUCCUCGAUACAUCUUCACAAUGCUCAGCCCUUUAGCUCGGUUGUUAUUUCCAUCAAAAGAUGAUCACACACUAAAGUUCUUAUAUGAUGACAACCAACGUGUUGAGCCUGAAUGGUACAUUCCUAUUAUACCCAUGGUCCUGAUAAAUGGGGCUGAAGGAAUUGGUACUGGGUGGUCCUGCAAAAUCCCCAACUUUGAUGUUCGUGAAGUUGUGAAUAACAUCAGGAGAUUGAUGGAUGGAGAAGAACUUUUGCCAAUGCUUCCAAGUUACAAGAACUUCAAAGGAACUAUUGAAGAACUGGCUUCAAAUCAAUAUGUGAUUAGUGGUGAAGUAGCUAUUCUUAAUUCCACGACUAUUGAAAUCUCAGAGCUUCCCAUCAGAACAUGGACCCAGACAUAUAAAGAACAGGUUCUAGAGCCCAUGCUGAAUGGCACUGAGAAGACACCUCCUCUCAUAACAGACUAUAGGGAAUAUCAUACAGAUACCACAGUGAAGUUUGUUGUGAAGAUGAGUGAAGAAAAACUAGCAGAGGCAGAGAGAGUUGGAUUGCACAAAGUCUUCAAGCUUCAAACUAGUCUCACAUGCAACUCUAUGGUGCUUUUUGACCAUGUAGGCUGUUUAAAGAAAUAUGACACAGUACUGGAUAUUCUAAGAGACUUCUUUGAACUCAGGCUUAAAUAUUAUGGAUUACGAAAAGAAUGGCUUCUAGGAAUGCUUGGUGCUGAAUCUGCUAAGCUGAACAAUCAAGCUCGCUUUAUCUUAGAGAAAAUAGAUGGCAAAAUAGUUCCAGAUGAAGAAGAAAAUGAAGAGAGUGACAAUGAAAAGGAAACUGGAAAGAGUGACUCAGUAACAGAUUCCGGACCAACCUUCAACUACCUUCUUGAUAUGCCCCUUUGGUACCUAACCAAAGAAAAGAAAGAUGAACUGUGCAAACUAAGAAAAGAAAAGGAACAAGAACUGGAAACAUUAAAGAAAAAGAGUCCAUCGGAUUUGUGGAAAGAAGACUUGGCUGCUUUUAUUGAAGAACUGGAGACUGUUGAAGCCAAGGAAAAACAAGAUGAACAAGUAGGACUUCCUGGGAAAGGUGGGAAAGGAAAGGGUAAGAAAGCCCAGGCAGCUGAAGUCCUGCCCUCUCCAUGUGGUAAAAGAGUCAUCCCCCAAGUGACUGUGGAGAUGAAAGCAGAGGCAGAAAAGAAAAUUAAAAGGAAAAUUAAGAGUGAAAAUACUGAAGGAAGUCCUCAAGAAGGCAGUGUGGAACCAGAUGGUCUAAAACAAAGAUUGGAAAAGAAACAGAAAAAAGAACAAGGUGCCAAGACAAAGAAACAAACUACCUUGUCAUUUAAACCAAUCAAAAAAGGAAAGAAGAGAAAUCCCUGGUCUGAUUCAGAAUCAGACAUGAGCGGUAAUGAAAGUAUCUUUGAUGUCCCUCCACGGGAGACAGAGCCCCGGAGAGCAGCAAGACCCAAAUUCACAAUGGAUUUGGAUUCAGAUGAAGAUUUCUCAGAUUUUGAUGAAAGCACUCAAAAUGAAGAUUUUGUUCCAUCAGAUGCUAGUCCACCUAAAGCCAAAACUUCACCAAAACCUACUAACAAAGAACUGAAGCCUCAGAAAAGUGCUAAAUCAGACCUUGAUGCUGAUGAUGCUAAGGACAAUGUACCACUUUCUAUAAGCUCUCCUCCUGCUGAUUUACCAGCUGAAACUGAAAUUGUAAACCCAGCUUCUAAAAAGAACGUGACAGUGAAGAAGACGAUGGCAGCAAAAAGUCAGUCUUCCACCUCCACUACGGGCACCAAAAAAAGGGCUGCGCCAAAAGGAACCAAAAAAGAUUCUGGCUUGAAUUCUGACAUCUCUCAAAAAAAGCCUGGUCCUGCCACAUCCAAGAAUCCCCGUAAAAGGAAACCAUCCACUUCUGAUGAUUCUGACUCUAAUUUUGAGAAAAUGAUUUCUAAAGCAGUGACAAGCAAGAAAUCCAAGGGGGAGAACGAGGACUUCCAGCUGGAUUUAGACUCAACUGUGGCUCCUCGGGCAAAAUCUGGACGAGCUAAGAAACCUAUAAAAUAUCUUGAAGAAUCCGAUGAAGAUGAUCUGUUUUAA